AUGGCUACCGCCGAUAUCAACGCGUCCUUUCGCUUCAUGGACCUUCCUGGAGAGCUCAGAAACAGAGUCUAUACUUUGCUACUCUGCUCGUUUGGACCCGCCCCACCUCCUGCCCGCAAGAUCCCCGAGGAUCUGUUUACCAAGAACAGCUUUGAGUUCAAACUUCUCCCCGCUCAACAGUGGAACGACUCUGCCAUCCUUCGUGUGAACAGCCAGGUUCAUCGAGAAGCCUACGACAUCAUGGUAAAAACCAACAGAUUCGUUCGGAUCAGCUGCCCGGGUAAACGCACUCUCCAUAACAUCAUCGCUGGCCAAAACGUCCCCGUCGUCGCAAGUGGAGAACGCGCAGCGCAGUUCAAUGAACAACUUGUCGAUAUCACUAUGUCUGCCGCAGAUGAGGAGCUCACUAUGCCUUCCGCAGAUGGGGGGCCCAGUUCGCACGUAGGCGCCAGUCAAACAGCCAGCGUAGUCAUCUUAGGUCAGCAACUUGAGAAGUUCUGUGGCAGCUUCGAGAUGGCAAAAACCAUUGUACCAGGGCUCGCCAAGAAUGCGACUUUCAUCAUAACUGUGGCUCCGAUGCUCGCUCAUAAAGGCCCAUGGUACCAAGACGACUUGACAGACUUCUUCUCCGAGGUUACCCAGAGGGACUUACUCUGGGAAUUGACUGGCCUACGAGACUUCAAAAAAGUCGAAGUCCAUGGUCAUGUCUCACCUGAUGUCGCAACGGAGCUGAAACGGCUGAUGAUGUUGGAAAAGUGGAAUGACCCACACCAUAUCGUCAAACUCAUGAGGGAGAGCAAAGACCGCGGUGCUCAACUCUACCGCGAAGGUCGACUGAUGGAGGCGUUCUCCGCUUGGGGAACAAGCAUGCAUGAGAUCGAUCGUAUGCGCGAGGGCAACUCCUGGGCUAAGCUCAUCAAGAUUGGCGGCGAGCCUUGGAUCGACCAGAUGGCUGAGCUGCAGUGCUCACUUGGACUCAAUUCGGCACUGGUCAACAUCAUGCAGUGGGGCCCCGACUCCAAGAACGAAUCCAUACCGCUGGCAAUUCGGCAAUCGUACAGGAACCUCACCCUAUCCUGCCUUGAAACGUCUGCCAAGUGUGUUGAACCAGGACAGUGGAAAGAAGGAUACACCUGGGUAUGUCCUACGAUGCUCCAGGCAAAGAUCUUGUACCGCCGCGCUGUGUGCAUUCGGAUUUGGGGUGAUAGGUUGCAAGCUGUCUACGCUCUGGACCUUAUCCGUGGAGCUAUAUCACUUGUACCGAACGACCCCGUCGUCCGUAAGGAGGCGGAGGCCAUCGUGCUGUGGGCAGGCGGUAUGUAG